AUGAAAGUAAGUUUAAAGCAGUCCAGUUGGGCAGGGCUCCCAACCCCCCCAAAGGACUCAACAUGUCUCCCGAAGCAGCAGAAAUAUUGUCUAGGGAGAUUAGAAGCCGUAGAAGGGGCAGCCAAGGGAUUUCUGGGGGCAUGGGCAAGCUCCUAUAAGAAAGGCACUGACGGACUGGACUGGAAUGGGUUAAUGAAUUCAGAUAAUCAACUUAAGCAGGAGGUAAUGCCGAAAGGGACAGAUAACGAGCAGUGGAAGGGCCUCUUAAUGUGUGUAAUGUAUGAAGCACUAAAUGUAACAAAUAUAAGGGCUAAAACAGCAAGCGGGACCAAAACACUAUGGACAGAAAAUAACUGGAGAGUUGCUUUGAGAGAUGGGGUCCAAGAUGACUGGUCAGCUAAUGAUUCAGGUCAGGGUAUGUUGAGGUGUCUGGCAUGUUUAAUAGCGGCCCUUAUGCCGAACGAGCAGCACCUAAAGCCAGGAAGGGGGAGACUAGCGCAGCAUUGUAAGAAGAUUUGGGAAACUGUGGCGGUGGACUUAAGGGAAGAGAACAGGGGCCUCGGGCAACAGAAAGUAGAGAAGCUCGAAGAAUUUCUAGACUUAAUUCAGGAUCUGAGGGGUGAUGAUACAAAUAGAUAUGAUGGUUUUGGGUUUCUUUUGAGUAUAUAUUAUGGCUUGAGCAAGUGUUCCAGCUAUGGCAGAAAUUAUGAGCUGACAGGGCUCCUAAGGAGGCGUUCAUGGGAUCUGAGCAGCAUGGGAGCAUGUCGUAUAACGAAAGGCGUCUUUCAAUGUAGCGGAUCAAGCGGAAAUUCCAGUGAAAUAGGACUGAAUAUUUGGACUAACAGCAAAGAAAGGCUCGUGACAGAAAGAACAAGGCCGAAGCCCCAACCACUGGAGCUUAGCACAGACAAACAAGAAGAGCAGGAAGAGUUAAGGCGAAAGCUGGAAGACAGCCGGCGGAGAAUGCAGGAAGCGGUAGAGACAAUAACACAACGGCAUCUCAUUACCCAUGAGGCGGCCCAAGCAGUAGUCUUCAAGACGGGCAAAUCUGACCAGCUGACAUCCGAAGAUGCGCAUCCGAACCAACACAAGAAAAACCAAUCGCCCCACGGAUCGGCAACGCCAGAGGAGCAAGUGGCAUCAUCUCAUGUUACUGGUGAAGUGGAGCGGAUAAACCCCAACGCCACCGCAACUAUCACCCAAAGUCUCGGCCAGUCGAGUCAGCCAGAACAGGGGCAACAGCUUGGGGGGCCGGCGGGACAAGGAGAGAAAAUCCAGAACACCCCCAGCAAACAACAGACUCCAACCCCAACUCUCUUCGGACAAGCUGAGAACCCAGAACCCAAGCCUUCAGCCGAUGCUCAGGGGUCUCCGAUUAGGGACGCUGAGCCUCAGGCCGUAAUCUUAGGCACCGGUCAAAUAAUAGGGGCAGUGAUGAGCACAAUCCUGAGUGUCGCAGCGAUGUAUGGUAUCUACCGAGUGUAUAGAACAAAGAGAAACACCAGACCUCAGCCUAGCCGGUGGACAGCUCCUGAGGGGACCCGAGUGGCGUAUAUGAGUUCAUCUCCCUAG